AUGGCAAACAAACAAUCCAAAGUCGAUUCAUUAGAAGAACGAAUUUCCAAGCUUGUAAUUAAUAUAUCUGAUAACACUUCAAAUUCUGAUGUAUGUCAGGAGCUUUCAUCCCAAUAUUCCGCAUCAUCCGUCUGCACAGAGAGUAAGUCAUUGGAAGGCAAGGAAAUAGAUGAAUUCGUAGAUUCAAUAUAUGAGGAACAGGUUAGUAAAGAGAUAAUUCAGAGAAUUAGGGAGAAGAAACUUCGGGAACAAGAAUUAUCCUCUAUAUCGGUUGAAGAAUUAUGUAGUGAAAAGGUGAGACCAAAAGUCCCACUUGAGCAAAACAGCAAAUCGGUGCCGAUACAGCCUGAAGAAACAAAAGUUUCGCAUGAUUAUAUAGUCGCCCAAGAUUUUAUUCAAGAAGUGUCUUCAGGGUUCACAGAUGAGGAAACCAUCGAAGUCGUUGAUGUACUCACUACCAAUACGACAAUAGAAGUUGAGCUAGCUCAUUUGUUUCUAAAAGUAAGUAUUGAAGGAAAAAGUACUAUACAAGCUAAACAGAAAGAGAUUUCAUGUCGUUACUCAUAUGGAAAAAGAUUUGAAAUGGGAGUUCAAGAACUUAUGGUAAAGGAAAACAUUUCAGAACAGACAGCGAGAAAACGAUUAUUCCAGGAUAUAAUAAAACACCUUUCUGGAUUAACUUUGGAAACCUUACGUAAAAGAACCCAAAGAUCUAUAAAACUUUACAAAUUAAUCGAAAAGAUACGAGUUGAUAAGAUUAAGAAUAUCAAGACAUUCAGUGCGGAUUCUAUUUCAAAGUUUACACAACCUCAAAUUCAAAUAAUUCUGGAUUAUUUUAAUGAAGGUGAAAAAGUGAGACCAAAAGUCCCACUUGAGCAGAAUGGCGUUGUCAAUCAUGUAUCUAAUACAGAUUCUAUUAAUAUUAUCAGCAGAGCUGACAUAACCAAGAAGACCUCACCGAUAGCUCAGGCAAGCGCACCACCCAUAUUUGAACCAGAAGUCGAUGUAAGUAUAUCUCCUGUUUCUAUCAAUUCGAAAACCAAGAUAAGUGUGGGUUCUACGUCUAAAACUGGAAAAAAAGCUUUAUCCAAGAAGACCCUAUCUGAAAAGCAAAAUAAUUCAGCAUAUACCCGUGGUUAUUUUCGUAGCAAAUUAUUGGAGCAAUAUCCCGAUUUAUAUAAAGAAUGUAGUAGCGAAAAUGUUGAUUAUUAUGGUAUUAAUGCUGAAUCACUAUGUCCGAUAUGCAAGUUAAUUCAUGAGGAUGAAGAAGGUAUAGAAGCUGAAUAUAAAGAUGGAUCUUACUAUAUUAAAUGUGAAGCAUCUGAAAUUGGCACUGUUAUAUCGGCUCGUACUGAACAAAUUGUAUAA